AUCCAGCGGCUGAAUUCAGCCGCGUGUGUUAUUUACGCCAUUUUAAUUGAAUCAGCUCAUUUGUAAACAGUAAGCUUUUGAGGCCAAGUGACAGCUGGGAAUAACUUGGCAGGACCCCCGGGGCGGCUGGUGUCAUGUUCACAGCGCGGCUGCUCUGGGACGUAAAAGCUAUUUUGAAAGGUGACGCCCCCCACCCCCCCGGGUGGACGGACACAGCUGCUCGGAAACCGUGACAGAAGAUGACGGAUACAGUAGUCGUAGAGGGACAAGUGAAGUUUCGAGAUGGGAAAAAGGUUAGUUCUGCUCGUUUCUUUUCACCUUUAAAAUGUGGAUUCUACGUUUCAGCCUCCACGUUUGUUGAUUGUGUCUUUAUCAAUUUCUCCACAGUGGAAGACGUCCGGUGGGUUGUGCUUCGGAAACCGUCUCCGGUCGCAGACUGUCUGUCCGUGCUGGUGUUUAAGGGAAGGAAGAAAGGGAAGGAGAAAGGACGCAGCCACAAGGAGAGACUCAGCGUGACACUGGAGGACAUCUGCGGUGUGGAUUCAGGACCGGGGUAUGACGGCAUGUCCUUCACCCUCUCCAUCCUCAGUCUGAGGCGCACACUGGUUCUGGGCUUCCGCUGUUGGGACACCCUGCUGGCUUGGGAUGCCAGGAUCCGGUACAGCCUGGGAGAAGUCCCCGGUUUCAGCGUCGACGGCCAGCCAGGUACCAGCCUGGAGACAGGCCCCGCCUCCCCUCCACCUGUGCAACAAACUUUUGGCUCUCAGCAGGAGCCCGCCCCCUGUGUCAUUGGACAGUGGAAGUUGUCAGCACUACGGCGAUACGGCGCGGUGCCCAACGGCUUUGUGUUCGAGGGCGGGACUCGCUGCGGAAGCUGGGCCGGUGUUUUCUUCUUGUCCUCUUCAGAGGGCGAACAGAUCAGUUUUUUGUUCGACUGCAUCGUCCGAGGCUUCGCCCCGAGCCGGGCUCCACGCGGCAUGCGUCCGGCUCUGCCAGAUCCCAACGCUGACUCGGCCUUGGCGGAGGAGCGGAUCAGUCGGGAGGCGUCUGAUCUGGAGAAAAGACUGAGCAUGCUGUCGCACUGCAGCCAGGCGAGCAGCGCAGCCUCCACUUACAGCUGCAGCACAUCUGUUGCCGGGGACGACCGCAGCAGCAUCUCCAGCUCAUCCUCCAGCCAAACCGAAGCGAGCUUUGGAAGCAGACUUCCGUUAUGGGUGGACCCGGGAGCAAGACUGCACCUGUCCAACGAGACCAGAUCAAGCUCCUCCACACUGAAGUGUUUGACGUGUUCAGAUGAACGUCUUUACGCCGCCGUCAAUCGCCCUUCCUCCGGCCACCUCGGCCCCCGUGGUCUCCAUGACAGCGGGCGCCAGAGCUCAUUAGACAGCGGAAUCGGUAUCGCCGCCAGCAGUCAGUCGUCUUACUCUGGAAGCUUCUCCUCGUGUACAGGCAGUCUGGAUGUGACCAGUCAGGGUGGAGGGGAGGAGUUUGAUGCUCCUCCUGCUGCCACGCCUCCUCCCGCCAUUGCUGCUCCAGAGCACAGUUCUGCUGCGUCGCCUUGCUCCUGCCCUUCCAGACCCAGCUCACAAACCUCCUGCAGAAACAGUGACAAGUACCAUAUCCCCAACCUGCUCAGACCGUGGUAUGACACCCCCAGGAGUCUCCUCCAGACCCCAUCCCUGUGGGAGCGCUCAGCCCAGGGAGGCGCACAGGAGCAGGCCAGGGGCUGCAGAAGCAGUGGGGACAGGGACGGGAGUCAGGGACAGGAACGAAGCGACCUUGCAGGAUCCAGGACUCGGCGUCAGGACAAGCUCCAGCGUUCACACUCCUGGGGCAGUGACAGAGCGCCCCCUGUGGCCAGUGAGGGGAGGCCAACACCCAGGGAGCUGCAGUGUUGCUUAGUUUGUGGAGAAACGCAGAGUGAUGCUCGUUACUUGGGUUUUCGAUUAAAGCAGUGA